ACACUUAUAUAAUAUCAAGUAUCCAAGAUUGAAAUUUUGUACUAUUUUUCAAGUCAAACCAUGGGACCUAUGUCUGUCCUGUCAUGGCUUCUGUGUGUUCUGGCAGCAGCCCGUUGUGGCGAAGGUGCUGUUAAAGACAUAUUCAUCCUGGCAGGACAGAGCAACAUGGCCGGGCGGGGCGGUGUUACCGAUGGGAAAUGGGACGGUAAUGUCCCACCGGAGUCCGCGCCCAGCCUACAGGUUUUGCGGCUGAGCGCGAGACUCCAGUGGGAGGAAGCCUGCGAGCCUCUGCACGCGGACAUUGAUGUCGGGAAGAGGUGCGGGGUUGGGCCUGGGCUGGCCUUCGCCAACGAGGUUGUCCGGUUGAGAGGUGGUGGUGGGCCGGUGCUGGGCUUGGUGCCUUGUGCAGUGGGAGGGACAGGGAUUGUGCAGUGGAGGCGGGGGUCGCGUUUGUACGGUGAGUUAGUGCGGCGAGCUAGUGAGUCCGUGAAGAAUGGUGGUGGCACGAUAAGAGCGAUUGUUUGGUAUCAAGGUGAGAGUGAUACGGUGAUAGAAGAGGAUGCUGACGCGUAUAAGCUUAGAAUGGAGACAUUUGUUACGGAUCUUCGCCAUGACCUGCAUCUUCCAUCUCUUCUUGUUAUCCAGGUCGCACUUGCAUCCGGGGAAGGCAAGUUUAUUGAGAAGGUAAGAAAUGCUCAAUUGGGGAUCAAACUAUCUAACGUGAAGUGUGUCGAUGCUAAGGGAUUGCGCCUCAAGGCAGAUAAUCUUCACCUUACUACCAUGUCUGAGGUUCACUUGGGUAUCCAAUUAGCUCAUGUCUAUCAAGCAUCCAUCAGACAUCAAUCUAACCAUACACAAGGUAGCUAGUUAGUUGAUUGUCCAUUUGAUUAUUUAACGUAUAGCUGUUGUUAGCUAAUCUUGAGAUAAGUAUAUACAUUUUCUAUCUCCCUGAUGGGUUUAAAAAAAAUCAAGUGUGGAAAGAAACUCCUUGAGAAGAGAAGGCUCAGGCUUUCUAGCGCACUAAUUCCUUACAUGAUUUAUACAACUGAACAUUCGGUAAUUAACUGAAAACUCUUGUGGGUGCACUUGCUCUUAACCCUUUGUGAA